AUGUUGGCUUUUAAUAACACUUUCUUUAAUUGGCCCACUUUCUCCUUCAUUGGUAUUCCUGGUCUGGAGGCUGCACAUAUAUGGAUCUCCAUCCCCUUCUGUGUCCUGUACCUCAUAGCCCUUGUGGGUAAUGCUGUUCUUCUUAUCCUAGUUAGAGCAGAGAAGAACCUUCAUGAACCUCAGUUCUAUUUUUUGGCUAUGCUAGCCCUUACUGAUCUAGGCCUUUCAUUGUCAACAAUGCCUAGUGUCUUGGCUAUCUUCUGGUUUGAUGUCCGUGACAUUGGCCUUAAUGCCUGCCUAACCCAGAUGUUCUUCAUCCACACCCUCUCCUCAGUAGAAUCAGGUGUCCUGGUGGCCAUGGCUUUUGACCGUUUGGUAGCUAUCUGUGCUCCAUUAAACUAUACCAAGAUCCUUACCCACUACACCGUUGCCUGCCUUAGUGGAGCUGCCCUCAUACGAGGUGCCACUCUGCUGGCUCCUCUGCCUUUUUUCCUUAGGACUUUUCCUUUCUGUGGGGCCAAUAUCCUGUCACACUCCUAUUGCUACUACCCAGAUAUGCUGAACUUAGCCUGUGGGGACAUUACCUUCAGCAGUGCCUAUGGAUUGGUUUUUGUUCUCUGCACAUUUGCAGUGGAUGUUGUCUUCAUCUUAGCUUCAUACAUGAAGAUCUUGGACACUAUUAUGAAGCUGGAGACUCAAGACAGAAACUGGAGGUCACUGCACACCUGUGCCUGUCACCUAUGCAUGGUGCUUAUGUUCUACCUGCCCCUAAUCAGCUUGGCAGUGCUGCAUCGUUAUACCCAGGACACUUCCCCAAUUCUGUAUACCACCAUGAGUAAUGCCUACCUCCUCAUGACACCACUGCUCAACCCUCUCGUCUAUAGUCUCAAAUCCCGGCAGAUCCAGGCUGCCCUGCGCAAGCGAUUUUGGGUGCAACGUGUCAUUGCUGGGGAAUGA